CUCAAAAAAUUCCUCAGAGCACUCCUUCUCAAGAUAUAUCGGUUAUAAAUAACAAAAACUUUCAUUCAUUCCAGAAUGUUCAAGAUCCACUCAGCCUUUUAGAUGUUUUUUUUUGUUUGGUAUUGAAAUAAACAAUUACCAAACACCAUUGCUACUGUUGUGUAUCAUAUAAUGAAAUAUAAUAUAAAUAUAGCUUUGUUUUGCUUUUUAUCGUUGUAAAUUAAACAUUUAUUUUUAUGUGCAUUGGAUUGGAACAUGAAAGUGUCAUUGUCAGUUUCUGUUAAGUGCAUUAUCUAUGGUUCCUGUCAUUGCAAAUACAAAUGAUAUGAAAAUUAUUGAUAAUAUUUUAUUUUCGGCAAUUUCAAAAACUUUUAAUUUGUGAUAAUACGACAGAAACAAAUCAAAGUAUCAGUACAGUGAAGAUGAUGCAGCAUCAAUAUUGGGUUACUAAAAAGACUGUUCUGAAAAAGCUGGGAACUAAAGAAGACGAAUGUAUCGUUUCUUCCGACGCCGAACUGGACGCGAAAUUAGAGUUAUUCCGAUCAAUAUCUGACAGCUGUUUGCAAUUACAACGCGUAUUAGACCAAUACCAAGAGCGAAUAUGUAUUCUGGCUCAAGAAGAAAAUGCUUUGGGGAAAUUUCUCCGAGAUUCUGGAAAAAACGCUGACGCGUCAGGGAAACACAUGAUUUCCGCUGGAAAAGCGAUAUCAUACUGUGGGCAGCAGCGGCUAUCAAUUAGAUCGCCAUUGCUAAGGCUUUAUCAUGAAGUGGAAACAUUUCGAGGUCGAGCUGUGAGUGAUAUGCGAGCUACUGUGUCUGCCAUGGAGAAGGCGAGAUUAGAGUAUCGUGCAGCAUUGAGUUGGAUGAAAUCGACAAGUGCUCAGCUAGACCCUGAUACAGGUCGUGGCCUCGAUAAUUUCCGAAAGGCACAACGUCAAGUACGUGAGAGUAAAAAAAUAUUUGAUAAAUUGACACUUGAUGUACUGCAAAAGAUUGAUCUGUUAGCAGCAGCACGAUGCAACAUGUUUUCACAUGUGUUAUCAAAUUACCAAGCUUCAUUUGUAACAUUUGUUACUAAAGUAUCUCAAACUUUAGAAGCAACAGCAGAUUCUAUGAAUAAUAAUCCACAGUAUGAAUUCUGCAUACUAAAAGAACUUUCACAAAGUUUGGGAGAGAGCGAGACUAAGGAGGUGGUGCCCCAAGAUAAAGAUCAGAUGCUGUUUUUCCAGGAUGAAUAUAAAGACGAGAAACCGAAAAACGUGAACUUAGAUAAGCAACUUUCCAAUGAAAAAUCAUCAACACUUGACAACAAAGAAGGGAUCGCUUCUGUAAAUCUGGUAGAUACAAAUCUAGUAAAUACAGAAACAGAAGAAAAUGUAGGAGGAACACUUUCAGAUUUGGCUGGGUUGCAUCUAGGCUGUGGUGAUGGACAGUCCAACUUUGGUGCUUUUAUGCCAUCUCAACUGUUGCAAGACUUGACUUCUCCAAAUAUUCUGCAAGGACCAUUAGCACCGACCAGCACUAACAAUAACCAACCAAAGAACGCAGAUAACAUAGUGAAACCUAAUUUACCAGAUCCGAAAAAAAGUGAUAAAGAUGCAUGGUUUAAGCUAUUUGCUGAAUUGGAUCCACUUGCUAAUCCUGACAAUUUACCGGGUACAAAUAGCAACCAGAGUCAUGCGGCUUAAAAUCAAUUGUUUAAGAAUUUAAAGGGUGCAUUUUGAACACAUUAUAUUGGCGUGUAUUUUGGAAUCAUUAUGAAUGCUUGAUAAAAUACAUGAGGUUGUUACAAAUUUAUCAUUUCACAUAGAUAAUUGAGUCGACUAUUAUCAAAGCCGGCAAUCUGACUUUUGGACAAUGAUUGGUAAAUCAGAAAAACGAAUUAUUGCCUUUGUAUUCCAUUGGCAGUCACAAAACUCUUCGGAACGACAUCUUAGAUAAAUAACAGGUUAACUGUUAACCUUUAUUUAAUGCAGGUUUUGAACCGUAUUCUUUGAAGGAGACUAUUAUAUUCAAAUCAAUCUGAAUUGACAUACCAAUAAAAAAAAUUUGUCCAAAUACACAGAUUGCCACCUUUGAUAAUAGACGACUCAAUUAUCCCUCAUCUAUUAUACACAUUUAUACAACUGAGUAUCUUUUUUCCCGAGUCUUUGAUGAAUGAAACCUUAUCUUUUGUUUGGACAGCAUUCACAAUAAUAACUUUAUUUUAUAAAAUAUAAGUUCUAAUUAAUAUAAUGCCAAUUUAGAUUAGGUUAUUGACCAAUUUAUUUGGAUAUCAAAUACCUAGUCUACAUUUUUUAAAGUCUGUAAUGGAUUUCAACAUUAUACUUUCUUAUCCGUCCUGCUUGCGAAUGUCAAUGAGUAACAAAGUGAGCAAGACUGAAUGUAAAAGAAAUCAGUAUAUUAAUAUUUUGCAAAACAUACCAAAACCUUUAGUAAAGUUAUAUGGAUGUAUUGAAGUUACCAAAGAAUUUUAAGUAUGCUAUAUCUACUUAUUUAUAAAUUGUACUGUUUUAUAAUAUAAUUGUGCUAGUUUUGGAUGGGUAUGUUAUAUCAAUAAUUAAUUGGUUUCUUUUAUUGUGUUCUACAUGCUAUUAAAUACUUUAAAUUUAAAUGCUUAUAAAAAUGUAUAUGGAAAAUUAUCAUGCAGUAGCAUGCUAUAUUGAAAAUAUAAUAUUUUAAUCAAAAAUUAUUAGUUAGCAUUAAUCGAUAUUAGAGAGCUUGAUUAUACUAAUAAUUAAUGUGUUUAUUUAUCAACCUGGACUUAAAAUUGACUUAAUAGUGAUCAUGGUUCUUUCACUACUCCAAAAGUGUUUCAAAAAAGAAUCGAAAACGUAAUUCUUUUAAUACAAUUUUUAUUAGGGAAAUUUAAUAGAAAUCAAGAUUAAAAAAUAUAUUAAAUUAUAUAGGUAACAAACUGCAUUCGUGAAAUGUAAUUUGAAGUCAUUCGAUUUCCAAUUACAUAAAUAGUGAACGAAAAACUGAAAAAAAUGUAUGAAUGACAUGCAUACCUACAUGUACCUAUAUAGAAGAAAAAUAGUAUUAAAUUUGCACAUUUAUGCUAGUCUUAUUUCUAUGUUUAAAUAUUCAUUUUUAUGGAUUUUUUAUUUUAGUUUUAGUAACUAUUUGCAUUAUAUUAAUAUUAUAUUUGCUAGUAGAAACUUGGAUCUGUCAUAUUUUAAUCCGCGUUUGUCUUAUCCCUGUUUGUUAUGAUAUAAAGUUGUAUGCAACAAAAUUAUAUAA